AUGGAGACCCUCAUACCCGUUAUUAAUAAAUUGCAAGAUGUAUUUAACACAGUUGGUAGUGAGGUUCUUCAGCUUCCUCAAAUUGUAGUUAUUGGAAGUCAGAGCUCUGGCAAAAGUUCCGUUUUGGAAAAUAUCGUCGGUCGUGAUUUUCUUCCAAGAGGUUCAGGAAUCGUUACUCGUCGCCCCCUUGUCCUUCAACUUGUACAUGUAGAAGAAAACGAUAAUGAUAUUAAGAAGGAAAUGGGCGAUGGAAUUUCCACAGAAUGGGCUAGAUUCCUACAUCAAAAAAAUCGAAUAUACACAGAUUUCAAUGAAGUGCGCGAGGAGAUUAUUGCAGAAACUGCCCGUCUUGCUGGAACUGGAAAGGGUGUUCACUCAGAGGCUAUUCACUUGAAAAUCUAUAGUCCAAAAGUUCUCAACUUAACUCUUGUCGAUCUUCCCGGUAUCACUAAAGUUCCUGUUGCUGAUCAACCGCAGGAUAUUGAACUUCAGAUAAAUUCUCUCUGUACGCAUUAUAUCAGCAAUCCUAACUGUAUUAUAUUGGCUGUCACACCAGCUAAUGCUGAUAUGGCGACAAGUGAAUCUCUAAAACUUGCCAAAGAAGUUGAUCCAGAUGGGAGACGAACUCUUUGUGUCCUCACGAAGCUUGAUCUCAUGGACCAUGGCACUGAUGCUCACGAUCUAUUAAUGAAUCGUGUUAUUCCCGUCAAAUUAGGAAUUAUUGGAGUGGUGAAUCGUUCUCAGGCUGAUAUAAACGCUAAUAAGUCGAUCACAGAUGCACUAGCUUAUGAGGCGUCUUUUCUCCAGAGACGCUACCCCUCAAUUGCCAGCAGAAAUGGAACAGUCUACCUCGCCAAAACUCUCAAUCGUCUGUUAAUGCAUCAUAUCAGAGACUGUCUUCCGGAAUUGAAGACUCGAGUUAAUGUGAUGACAGCUCAGUUCCAGACACUUCUUAACUCGUUCGGAACUGAGGUUGAAGAUAAGGGGCAACUUUUGCUCCAGAUAAUCACUCGUUUUAACACUGCGUACUGCAACACCAUUGACGGUAUCUCCAAAGACAUUGAGACCGCUGAACUAUGCGGUGGUGCACGUAUCUGCUACAUAUUUCAUGAGAUUUUUUGCUCCACACUGAAUCGUAUUGACCCUCUUGGUGGACUCAAUACUCUGGAUAUCCUCACAGCUAUUCGAAAUUCAACCGGUCCACGGCCUUCUCUUUUCGUUCCCGAAGUUGCUUUUGAAUUGCUUGUCAAAAGACAGAUUCGUAGGUUGGAGGAACCCAGUUUACGAUGUGUAGAACUGGUGCAUGAGGAGAUGCAAAGAAUGAUUCAGCACUGUGGAACUCAACAGGAGAUGUACCGGUUCCCGAAGCUUCAUGAGCGCAUUGUGGAUGUUGUUACCUCCUUGCUGCGUAGACGCCUUCAACCUACCAAUGAGAUGGUGACCAACCUUGUUGCUAUCGAAUUGUCCUACAUUAAUACUCGUCAUCCAGAUUUCUCCAAUGAUGUUUUAAUGGUUCGUCAACAAGCGCCGCCUGGCCUUAAUCACUUGGAUGUCAAUCGCCAUGUGAAGCAGCCAGUGUGCCUGCAACUUAGCACGGUGGAUCAAGAAUGGAUUCAAGUUGACUAUCUUUCGCUCAAUGAUCAGUCAAUCAAACGGCCUCAGCAGCAGCAGGCUCUUAAACGUUCAACGGGAAAUUUGAAGCCCAAUAGUGCUGGCGAAGCUGUGCAAGAGGCUGGCCCUUCAGAAAAUAACACUGCUAUGGGCUUCUAUGCUACUCCUGAUAUUCAAACUCAGGUUCAACAGCAUCAGCUAACCUCCGUGGAGAAACGUGAAGUUGAUCUUAUCAGCCAUCUGAUUCGCUCCUACUUCAUGAUUGUGUUGAAGAAUAUUUUGGAUUCAGUACCCAAGGCGAUUAUGAACUUCCUUGUGAAUUACGUGAAGGACAACCUUCAAUCUGAAUUGGUGAGCAACCUCUACAAGAAUGAGCAGUACGAUGCUCUGCUCAAGGAGAGUGAAAAUGUUGCCCAAAGGCGCCGUGAAGCCUCCGAAAUGCUCAAUGUACGUCCAUGUUACUUUUUUCUAACAGUUCUUGUCGUUAGUGGAUACGUUGAUAAAUUUUAUUUGCUACUUAUUGAAAACUGA